AUGGAGGUUAGUGUAUACGUCGCAAGCUCUGUAUAUGCUCUCAGUCGGCCCAUUCCGCUCUGCUCCACGUUCCCCCUUCUUCGAUCCCUCCAGGUCGAAUUCCAUUAUGUAGUCAAUUCCAUUCUCGCUGCAAUUACGUUGUGCACAUUUGUAGCAUACGAUUUACUCCGUAAUGUAGACACCGACGGAUCUGAAGUGCCUAUGACUCUAUUCGAGUCUACGUUGUUAGACGAUGUAGCAGAUACUUAUUAA